AUGCAUAUAGGUCAAACGAAAACAGCUUCAGUAAAAUGUCUGAUCAACAGCAUUUCUCGAUUCGUUCUUUUGGUUUCUUGCCAAACAGUGAAACCUAUACCCUUCCAGAAGAUCUGCAACAAUAUGGUCGGCGUGUUAAAGCGUUUGAAGCCAGUGCUCGAUGACAUUAUGGAUUACAAUAUUCCUUUUCAUGAAAAUUUAUGUAUAGUAUGCGAAGAAUUGGAUAUACGGGUUAACGAAGCAAGAGAUUUCAUUGAAAAAUGGAGUCCUAAGAUGAGCAAGAUUCACAGUGUUCUACGAAGUGGAACAUUGUUGAUCACGAUACAGAACACUUCACUUGACAUUUGUCACAUGAUUGUUAAAUCGUUACAGUCACCUCCAUCUGCAUCGGUUUUGGCUAACCUCCAGCACUAUAUCGAAGAACUUCAGUGUCUCAAGAAGGAAACGACAAUGGUCUAUAUAGAAAAGGAACUGGGAAACCGAAAUAUUGAACCUUGCAAUGAGAAUCUAAAAGAAAUUAUAGAGUUACUUAACUUGACAUCGAACCAGGAGCUUUUGAAAGAAACUAUUGCUGUGGAGAAAGAAAGAUUGAUCGCUGAAGAACACAAAAUGAAAGGAAACAUGGAAGAAAUCAAUGAAGUUGUGAACCUUGUCCGCAACUUACGUGAUUAUGUGGUUAAAACCGAGUGCUUUGCAGUUGAAAGCGAUGUUUCUUUCCCUCCAUACUUUCGCUGUCCUUUAUCAUUGGAACUCAUGUUGGAUCCUGUUAUUGUGGCUUCGGGUCAAACAUACGAGAGGCAAUCCAUUCAAAAGUGGCUUGAUCACGGGCUGACUGUUUGUCCGAAGACUCGUCAAAGACUGGCUCAUACGAAGCUCAUUCCCAAUUAUACCGUCAAAGCUAUGAUAGCAACUUGGUCUGAGGAAAAUAACACCAAUCGUAUGAGUAACUUUGAGCAUAAUACUGGAAAUGUAUUUGAAGAACAAAAGGGUGAUAAUUCUUUCGGAUCACAUGUAGAAAUCGAAAAGUGGGAGCUACAAUCCCCAUAUAUUCACAGCAGAAGUGAAUCAUUUUCAAGUUCGAUUUCUAGUAGUGAUUGUCUACUCGCAGUUUCAAAAGAUGUGUCAAGGAUGUCUGAUAAGCAUCAAAAUGUGAAGUUGUCGUCCGUAGAUCCAGGAGGGAUGGAAAAUGGGAGAAAUAGUAACAGUAAUACUAAUAGUUAUUUAAGAGUUGAUUCUCAUUUUGUGUCGAACUCCGAAUUGAGUGAAUUGACUACUUCAUCUCAUGUCAAUCAAUUGAUCAAAGACCUCCAAAGCCAAUCAACUGAAGCGCAAACUGCUGCCGCAGAAGAAUUGAGGCUCCUUACAAAGCAUAACACAGAAAACCGUAUCAUUGUAGGGCAAUGUGGGGCUGUGACACAUUUACUUUCACUGCUAUAUUCAAACGGGAAAGUAACACAAGAGCAUGCCGUUACAGCACUGCUGAAUUUGUCGAUUAAUGAAAACAACAAGGCCUUGAUUAUGGAAGCAGGAGCUAUAGAGCCCCUUAUCCAUGUUUUAAAGACAGGAAACGACGGUGCCAAGGAGAAUUCUGCAGCAGCGCUAUUCAGCCUAUCUGUAAUGGAAAACGGUAAAGCGAAAAUCGGCCGUUCUGGUGCAGUUAAAGCUUUGGUGGAACUUCUUGCCUCCGGAACAGUUAGAGGAAAGAAAGAUGCUGCUACUGCUUUAUAUAACCUGUCAAUAUUUCACGAUAAUAAGGCUCGCAUAGUUCAAGCUGGAGCUGUGCCAUUUCUGGUUCGGUUAACAGAUCCUGCUGACGGAAUGGUUGACAAGGCUGUUGCUCUUCUGUCAAACCUGUCGACGAUUUCCGAAGGAAGGUUGGAAAUUACAAGAGAAGGUGGAAUUCCUUCGUUAGUUGAAAUCGUUGAAUCGGGUUCUCAGCGGGGAAAGGAAAAUGCUGCUUCCAUUCUCCUACAGUUAUGCCUUCAUAGUUCAAGGUUUUGUACACUUGUUUUACAAGAAGGAGCUGUACCUCCUCUAGUUGCAUUAUCUCAAUCUGGAACACCAAGAGCAAAGGAAAAGGCACAACAACUUCUCAGCCAUUUUCGUAAUCAGCGGGAAGGAGCUAAGACCAAGGGAAAAUCAUGA